AUGCGGCAGAUCAGCAGGUGUAAUGCCACAGAGGUGUCCUCUCUCUCAGUGUCCAGGUGUGAUGGUGUGGAGGUGAUGGUGGAUGAGGAGAAAAAGUUCGCCCCGCUGUUUGAGGAGGUGGUCUUGCAGUGCCACUACUCCAGCUCCUCCUCCCAGCCUGCAGUGAUACAGUGGUGGUAUAAGUCAUACUGCCGGGACCGUACACGGGACUCCUUCAGCUUCCCUGAGAGCAUGCUGCUUCAGAACCCUGAGCUCGGCUCCUCCCACCUGGACUGUGCAGACUCCACCCGCACUGUCCACAUCAUGGCGUCUAUACGGGGCUCCUCGGUGACCAUUGGGGAGCGCUACAGGAGCCGGGAUAUUAGCAUCAUCAACGAGGCUGACCUGCGUAUUGGGCGGCUGCAGUGGGGGGACAGCGGGGUGUACCACUGCAAGGUGGUCAUCUCGGACGAUCCAGAGGGCAAGAACGAGGCCCAGGUAGAGCUACUGGUCCUGGGUAAGAUUGGUCCACCGGAUGAUCUGCUGCCUAGGUUUGAUAUAGAGUUUAUGCCAGAAUGGGCGUUUGUGGGUGUGGUAAUCCUGGGCAGCAUCUGCUGCCUCCUGGUGGUGGGGAUCUGCUGGUGCAAGUGCUGCCCACACUCCUGCUGCUGCUACCUGCCCUGCUGCUGCUGCUGUGCCAGGCGUUUGUAUGAGGCAGGACAGGCAGUGAAGCCUCUCUACUUCAUAUCAGGCAUCCCCUCCAUGGUCCCCAUCAUCCCCCCCUUUCUGGUCGACCCAAAGAUGGCCACCGGCCUUCCCAGCGACACCACAGGGGCCAGCAGCCUGUUGGAGCUCAGCUCGGGCCCUGAGGGGGAUUCAGAGCUCCGCCAGUCCUGUCAUACACUGCCACCAAUCGCUGACAGCUGUGACCAGCCUGACCUUCAGGGCGCUAUAUCUGGCCAUAGGCAGUUAUCCGUGCACCACUCUCACCAUGGCAACCAAGCAGAGGAGCACCAGAGCAGCAGCAGGUGGAACCCGCGCUCAGAGCACCUGCAAAGGAAGUCGUUCCGCAGCGGUGAGCGGGCAGGCGGGCGCGUGGGCGUGCGCACGGGCUCCCUGGAUACGCUGGAGGAGUUCGCCCUGUCGUACAGCCGGCGGACGCGGCGGAGGGAGCUCGGGGACGGGAGGCAGUCCUCCGCGCUGGAGCUGAGAGCGUGCGACAGCCCGCGGCGCCAGGGCGAGGGGCGCCAGGGCGAGGGGCGCCAGGGGGCGUGGCCUGAGCAGUCCCGGCGCAAACCUCACAGGAGGGACCAGGACGGCCCCCCUGCACCGCCCCAGAGGAGGAAGGACGCUGGCGACGGCGAGCACGGCGCCCCCCAGCCCCCGCGUAGCGGGCAGGGUCACGAGGACGGCCGCGGGGAGGGGGACAGCUUCCACAGCGACUCCACCUCCAAGGCCAGCUCCAAGAAGAGCAGCGACUGCUACCUCAGCAUGUCGCCUGGCAACCGGCCCAAAGAGGGCGACCGCCCGGCCGAGCCACGCGCCUUCACCCGCAGCCCUCCCUCACAGGGCCCGCCCCACACCCUGCAGGAGCACAGAGAGGAGAUGAAACCCCGCAAAGUGUCCAGACUGAGGCUGCUGGAAUUCACCCAGCAUGCAUUGCGCAGCGGGAAUUGA